GGGCAGUGUGGGUUGCCAGUGGUGCCUCUCGUCCGUUCAGGUUCUCUGGUGUGGGCACCACGUGCGGACGUGCUCAGUACUUAAACCUUCUAAAGAACUGAAAUCACGAACCCAUCUUGUUCUUCUUCCCCGUCUUUGUCCAAAACCACUACUUCUCUGACGCAACCCAUUUUAUAUCCUCUUCGCACCAAAUCGUCUUGCGUCGUCGUCCUUCGCAACGCUUGGUUUUGUGUCAUUUCCAACCGCAUCUCAUCUCUUCGUCCUAGUUCACCAUGUCUGUCCAGACCAGCCCGUCCAAGCAGGUUACCUCCGGUAUCCAGAAUCUCAACAUGGACUCUCCCGCCAAGAAGCUCGACUUCGGUGCCACCGACAAGGAGAACAAGCCCUUCGACGAGGACCUUGCUAAGCUCGAAGCCGAGAUCGAUGCUGAACACAACGCGAACAAGAAGGCCGCCGAGGCCAAGAAGAUGGCCCCUACCCUCAAGCCCGAGGAGGCCAAUGAGCCUCUCCUUACCGAGAACCCUCAACGCUUCGUUCUCUUCCCCAUCAAGUACCAUGAGAUCUGGCAAAUGUACAAGAAGGCCGAGGCUUCCUUCUGGACCGCCGAGGAGAUUGAUCUCUCCAAGGACCUUCACGACUGGAACAACAGGUUGAACGACGACGAGAAGUUCUUCAUCUCCCACAUUCUCGCUUUCUUCGCUGCCUCCGAUGGUAUUGUCAAUGAGAACCUCGUCGAGCGCUUCAGUGGCGAAGUCCAGAUCCCCGAGGCUCGCUGCUUCUACGGUUUCCAGAUCAUGAUGGAGAACAUUCACUCCGAGACCUACUCCCUCCUUAUCGACACUUACAUCAAGGAGCCCUCCCAGAGGACUUAUCUCUUCAACGCUAUUGACACCAUCCCUUGCAUCCGCAAGAAGGCUGACUGGGCUCUUCGCUGGAUUACCGACAAGAGCUCCACCUUUGCCCAGCGUCUCGUCGCCUUUGCUGCCGUCGAGGGUAUCUUCUUCAGCGGUGCUUUCGCCUCCAUCUUCUGGCUCAAGAAGCGCGGUCUCAUGCCUGGCCUUACCUUCUCUAACGAGCUCAUCUCCCGUGAUGAGGGUCUCCACACCGACUUUGCCUGCCUUCUCUUCUCUCACCUCAACAACCGCCCCAGCAAGCAGCUGAUCCAGGAAAUAAUUGUCGAUGCCGUCAGAAUUGAGCAGGAGUUCCUCACUGAGGCCCUCCCUUGCGCCCUUCUUGGCAUGAACGCCGACCUCAUGAAGCAGUACAUCGAGUUCGUCGCCGAUCGUCUCCUUGUCGCCCUCGGCAACGAGAAGAUCUACAGGUCGACUAACCCCUUCGACUUCAUGGAGAACAUUUCUCUCGGUGGCAAGACCAACUUCUUCGAGAAGCGUGUUGGCGACUACCAGAAGGCUGGUGUCAUGAACAGCACCAAGAAGGCUGACGCUGAUGCGGAGGUGGCCAAGAACGAGAACGGCGGUGACUUCACCUUCGACGAGGACUUUUAAAUGCCGUUGUCGUUGCCGUUUCUCGUUUCUCUUUGCGACGCCUCUUAUGACUUUGUUUCAUCAAUACCCCCUUCACCACACUGUACCUUUCCGUUCUGAUCUAACACCGAACAAUCCCACACGAGCAUGACUAGCAACUUGCUUAUCAACUGCCAUUUGGAGAUGUUUUUCUGUGUUGGAUAGAAAAAUCUUUGCUGCCAUCAGCAACUCACCUCAAAAAAAGGCGAGCGAGUUCAAUGUUUUCCUUUUUCCUAUCAUCAAGCACAUGGGCGGAGUUAGAGGCGUUUAUUGGGACUCAAGAUCAUGGCUGAUUUGAUCAAGCUAUCUUGUACAUACAACUGGGCUGUAACUUGAAUGAGAAGAUGGUCGAUUAUUGAUAAACAAAAAGAAAAGAAGCUUCCUAGGCAGUAGCUUCUACAUGUAUGGGCAGAGUUCGGUCUCUCCACACGACAUGGCAAUUGAAUUAUAGACAUCAGCGAA